UUUUAUUUUUGGUUUUAAAAAUACUCCGUAACGAAACACUCUCCUAAAAACUAAAACCACCAUCAAUCAAUCAAUCAAUCAAUCAAUCAGCAUCAGCCACUGGAAAACCAACACUCUCAAAACCCUUCCCAGACCUUCAAUAAGAAAAACCCCUGAGGCAAAAAAUUAGGGCUCUUUUCCCGCCUUUCUCAAAACCACACACAAAAUUAUUCUUACUUCGCCGGCGGCGAUGGUGACAGCUAAGCAGCUACUAUCCACCAUUGAAUCGACGCUAUUAGUCUCCACCACUCCUUCUCCGUCACAGAGGAUUGAACUCAUUCACGCUAUUCGUCACUCCCUUCCCUCUCUCCGUACUCUCUUGUCUUUUCCGCCUCCAAAGCCUUCAGACAGAGCACAAGUUCAGUUGAAAGAAGUUAGGCUUCCCAAUUCAGGGCCAAUCCCACUUGACGAUCAAGAUGUGCAGAUUGCUCUCAAGCUGAGUGAUGAUCUCCACCUCAAUGAAAUAGACUGUGUGCGGCUUCUUGUUUCUGCUAAUCAGGAGUGGGGAUUACAAGGAAGAGGGCCGUUGGAUAUUUUACGUCUUACAGCAGGGCUUUGGUAUACAGAGAGAAGAGAUUUAAUAACGGCUUUGUAUACACUUUUACGGGCAAUUGUGCUUGAUCAGGGACUUGAGGUUGAUCUUCAAGCUGACAUUUUAAAAUAUGUUGAAGAUCUUAUUAACGGUGGGCUUCGACAGCGACUAAUAUCUCUUAUAAAGGAACUUAAUCGAGAAGAACCAGCGGGUUUGGGUGGGCCCAAUUCUGAUCGGUAUAUUCUUGACUCGAGGGGUGCUCUUGUGGAAAGACGAGCUGUUGUUUGUAGGGAGAGGCUCAUUCUUGGUCACUGUCUUGUUCUAUCACUGUUGGUUGUACGUGCAAGCCCGAAAGAUGUUAAAGAUAUUUAUACAGUUUUAAAAGAUAGUGUGGGGGAUACCAGCGGCAGUACUGACAUUGUAAAGAACCAGAUCACAUAUAGUCUUCUUUUUUCUCUUAUAAUUUCUUUAAUAUCAGAUGCACUGGGUGCAUCACCGGACCAUAUGUCUAUCUUGUCUCAGGAUACAUCCUUUAGGCAUGAAUUCCAUGAAACCGUGAUGGCAAUAGGGAAUGAUCCCACAGUUGAGGGCUGCAUAGUCUGUGUCAGACUUGCAUGGGCUGUACAUUUGAUGAUAAUACAAGAGACAACUGAUUCAAGGGACGACGGAAGAAUUAAUUCAUGUCUUGAAGUUGUUUUCUCGAGCAACGUUUUCCAGUUUUUUCUUAACUCAGUUCUUCGAACGCCAUCCUAUCAGAAUGAUGAUGAGGAUAUGAUCUACAUGUAUAACGCAUACUUACACAAGCUGAUAACAUCAUUUCUUUCGCAUCCACUUGCUAGAGACAAGGUGAAAGAAACAAAGGAGCAGGCCAUGACCGUUCUCAGUCCAUACAAAAUGUCUGGUUCACAUGAUUUUGUUUUGGAUGGUAACAAGCAUUCUCAACAAGCUUCUGAAUCUUUCCCUCAAACUUUUGUCUCUCUCCUGGAGUUUGUUAGUGAAAUAUAUGAGAAAGAACCUGAACUGUUAUCUGGCAAUGAUGUUAUAUGGACAUUUGUAACGUUUGCUGGGGAGGAUCACACUAAUUUUCAGACACUUGUGGCAUUUUUGAAGAUGCUUAGUACAAUGGCUUCAAGUGAGGAGGGGGCUUCCAAAGUGUACGAGUUAUUGCAGGGCAGAACAUUUCGCUCUAUUUCUUGGAGCACUUUGUUUGAUUGUUUGUCUAUUUACGAGGAGAAAUUCAAGCAAUCAUCUCAAAGUGGUGGCCCGAUAUUACCAGAAAUACAAGAGGGAGAUGCAAAAGCUUUGGUUGCUUAUCUGUGUGUUCUUCGCAAGGUCUUGGAAAAUGGGAAUCCUAUUGAAAGAAAAACAUGGUUUCCUGAUAUUGAACCAUUAUUUAAGCUUCUUAGUUACGAAAAUGUGCCUCCGUAUCUGAAGGGGGCAUUGCGGAAUUCAAUAUCAACUUUUAUUCAUGUUUCCCCAAACCUGAAAGAUACCAUUUGGGGUUUCCUUGAGCAGUAUGAUUUACCAGUAGUAGUUGGACCUCAAGCUGGCCAAAUAAUGGGUUCCCAGGUUUAUGAUAUGAGAUUUGAGUUAAAUGAAGUAGAAGCAAGAAGUGAGCAUUAUCCAUCCACAAUCUCAUUUCUUAAUCUGUUAAAUGCUCUCAUUGCUGAAGAAAGGGAUGCAGCGGAUAGGGGACGUAGGUUUAUAGGCAUCUUUCGGUUCAUAUAUGAUCAUGUGUUUGGGCCAUUUUCGCAGCGGGCCUAUGCAGACCCUUCUGAGAAAUGGCAGUUGGGUGUUGCAUGUCUUCAACAUUUUCAAAUGAUAUUGAGUAUGUAUGACAUAAAAGAUGAAGAUGCUGACAUAGUGGCAAGUCAAACUCAGCUCAUGGCACCACAAUCAACUCCGCUCCAGAUGCAGCUUCCUGUCAUAGAAUUGCUCAAAGAUUUUAUGAGCGGGAAGACUGUAUUUCGAAAUAUUAUGGGUAUUCUUUUACCCGGAGUGGAUGCCAUAAUUGCUGACCGAACCAAUCGGACUUACGGUUUACUCUUAGAAAAAGCUGUGCUCUUAUCUCUGGAAAUUAUAAUUCUGGUUUUGGAGAGGGAUUUAUUAGUUUCUGAUUUUUGGCGUCCCUUAUACCAGCCUUUUGAUGUUAUUCUUUCUCAAGAUCAUAAUCAGAUUGUAGCCUUGUUGGAAUAUAUCAGAUAUGAUUUUCAUCCACAAUUACAACAACUCUCCAUAAAACUAAUGAGCAUCUUGAGCUCUCGCAUGGUUGGGUUUGUACCGUUACUACUAAAAUCCAACUCUGCUGGUCUUCUGGUUGAAGAUUAUGCUGCUUGUCUAGAGCUGAGAUCAGAAGGAUGUCAAGUUAUAGAAAACAGCUCUGAUGAUCCGGGUGUGCUUAUAAUGCAACUUCUCAUUGAUAAUAUUAGUCGCCCAGCCCCCAACAUAACACAUUUCUUGCUGAGGUUUGAUCUUGAUUCUCCUGUAGAAAGAACGGUGUUACAGCCAAAAUUUAAUUACAGUUGUUUGAAGGUUAUUCUUGAUACUCUGGAAAUGCUACCAAAGCCUGAUAUUAAUUCAAUGCUUCAUGAGUUUGGAUUUCAGCUGCUUUAUGAAUUAUGUUCAGAUCCACUCACAAGUGGCCCUACCAUUGAUCUACUUAGUACAAAAAAAUAUCAUUUUUUUGUAAAGCAUCUGGAUAACAUUGGUCUCGCGCCACUACCAAAAAGAAAUAACACCCAGUCACUUCGAAUCAGCUCUCUGCAUCAGAGGGCUUGGUUGCUGAAGCUUUUUGCACUUGAAUUGCACAUAGGCAAUGUGACAUCACCCACCCAUCGAGAUGUGUGUCACAACAUUAUUGCUCACCUGUUUGGUCUAGGUGAAACUGGAUACCACAGUGAUAACAAUAUUCUUCUACUUCAAGGUAGUCCUGAAGAUUCUGCAAACAGAGCCAUUGGCAGGAGCAAGGUGUUAGACUUGCUUGAAAUAGUUCAGUUUAGAUGCCCAGAUAUAACAAUGAAGCAUUCAGAGGUUCUUUCCCACACAAAAUUUGGACCUGUGGCUGAUGAUAUACUUGGGAACCCUUUAACUCAAGAAAAAGGAGGUGUCUAUUACUACUCAGAACGUGGUGAUAGGUUGAUUGACCUAAAUGCAUUCCGAGACACACUUUGGCAGAAGUGCAAUUUUGACAAUCCACAGCUGAGCUCCUUUGGCAGUGAAGCUGAACUCAAUGAAGUAAGAAGUGCAGUGCAGCAGUUACUUAGAUGGGGAUAUAAACACAACAAGAACCUUGAAGAGCAGGCUGCACAACUCCAUAUGUUAACAAGCUGGUCACAAAUUGUUGAGAUUGCAGCUUCAAGAAGGAUGUCCCCGAUGGAAAAUCGAUCCGAAAUAUUGUUUCAGUUGCUUGAUGCAUCUUUAAAUGCUUCCAGCUCUCCUGAUUGUUCGCUAAAGAUGGCACUGAUUUUAACUCAGGUUUCUAUCACAUGCAUGACUAAACUACGCGAUGAGAGGUUUGUUGGCCCAAGUGUGCUGAACUCCGACACUGUUACGUGCCUUGAUGUUAUAAUGACAAAACGACUGUCGAAUGGUGCAUGCCAUUCUAUCUUGUAUAAGAUUAUGAUGGCAAUCCUGAGACAUGAUACAUCAGAAGCAUUGAGACGACGCCAAUACACAUUACUUUUAAGCUACCUCCAAUAUUGUCAGCAUAUAUUGGAUCCAGAUGUCCCUACUACUGUUCUGCAAUCAUUAUUGAUGGAUGAGCAAGAGAGUGCAGAUUUGGAUCUGGAGAAGGUUGACCAGGAUCAGGCUGAGCUGGCACGUGCAAACUUAUCUAUUAUUAGAAAAGAAGCCCAAUCAAUAUUAGAUUUGGCCAUUAAAGAUGCAACUCAAGGCAGUGAAUCUGGAAAGAUAAUGGCGCUGUUUGUUCUGGAUGCAUUGAUUUGUAUCGAUCAUGAGAAGUUUUUCUUAAGCCAACUUCAAAGUAGAGGCUUUCUUAGGUCUUGUCUCAUGAGUCUCAGCAACAUUUCAUAUCAGGAUAGCAUGCACUCAAUAGAUCCAUUGCAGCGGCUGUGCGCUCUUGAGGCAGAACUUGCUUUACUAUUGAGAAUUAGCCAUAAGUAUGGUAAAUCAGGGGCGCAGAUACUCUUCUCCAUGGGUGCAUUUGAACAUAUAUCGACAUGCAUGACACAAAACAUGCAAGUAAAGGGGAACCCAAGGCGCUUUGACAGCAAUUUUGGGAAAGAUUCAUUUGCUGAUGUUCACAGACAAAGAAUGGUCGUUUCCCCAUCACUUCGAUUAGUUUUCUCGUUGACCUCAUUGAUUGAAACAACCGACUUCUUUGAGGUGAAAAACAAAAUUGUUCGUGAAGUUGUUGACUUUGUCAAAGGUCAUCAACUACUUUUUGAUCAAGUUAUUCGCCAAGACGUUUCUGAUGCUGACGAUUUGGCUAUGGAACAGAUGAACCUUGUUGUUGGUAUACUUAGCAAGGUUUGGCCUUAUGAGGAAGGUGCCGAGUACGGUUUUGUUCAAGGACUUUUUGGGUUAAUGCACUCUCUUUUUUCACGUGACUCAACAUCUCUUUCUUUAGCUCAGACAGAUUUUCAGAGACAGAGGAUGUCCGAAUUAAGUGCAUUCCGCUUGUGCUUUAGCCUUAGCUCCUACCUGUAUUUUCUUGUUAAAAGGAAAUCUUUGAGACUUCAGCUUUCCAACAAUUCAACUGAUUAUAGCGCGCCUGCUGGACAGCAGCAACCAACCUUAAGCCUACUUGGUUUUCUUCUGAACUCUGUGACCACCGCUCUUGAAAAUGCCGCUGAGGAAAAAUCUUUAUUACUUAAUAAGAUUCAAGACAUAAAUGAACUACCACGGCAAGAAGUCGAUGAAAUUAUUAAGAUGUGUGUUCUUGAAAAUCAAGUUGCAUCAUCAGACAAUAUUCAGAAAAGGAGGUACAUUGCAAUGGUAGAAAUGUGCCGGGUGGCUGGAAACAGGGAUCGACUUAUUAUUCUGGUGCUUCUUCUUGCAGAGAACUUGCUGAACAUUUUUCUUAUCCAUUUUCAGAACAGUUCAAUAUCUGAUUCUAGUCAAGCUGUCAAGGCACUUGCAUAUGGUUCAACAGGAGAAAUUGGCGAAGACCUAGAGUCGUUUUGUUCAAAACUUAUUCCAAUUUUAGAAAGACUUGAAUUGCUAAAAGAGGAUAAAGUGGGUCAUAACCUGAAGGUGUUCCAGAGAUUAGCGAGUUCUUUGAAGGAACUGACAAUUCAAAAGUUAGGACUGUGAAAGGGUUGAUAAAUUUCCUCAAGUCUAUAUUAUAAUGGGUACGAAUGUUCUGUUAGGUCUUCUGGCUGGCUCUGGUGCUUAAAAUCUUGUAUCAUGUAUGAUAUUCUUUGCACUUAAUUUAUAAUUUUAUAAAGAGCAGAUAAAAUGAUAGAUGCAAUAUUAAUUAGAGCUUCCCACUCCGCAAAGGAAGCCAGGAGGCGCAUUGACUGUGUUGGGCGACUGAUUUAGAAGCCAACCCACCUAAUCUGUCACCAGGAUUAUUUGUUGAAUACUUGAAGAGUUGAAGGGGACUGAACCCAGUGGAACAUCACUAGAUAUGUCAGAAGAAAAUUAACAGUUCAAAGAAUUGCUUUUUUGGUUAAUGCAAUGAUUUUCACUCUACAUGUGUUUUUUUUUUUCAAAUUUGUUGCGGUGCAAAAUGUUAUUGGUCACAUAUUCAGUGACACGUGCUUCUUUAUCUUGUUGACUGAAAUAGGGUCUCAAAUCGGAUGGGUUAGAAAUGUGUAUCCCGCGUGUUGGCAUGUUGGAAGCAAUACGCAGUUUUUUUUUA